GUAGCACGACACGUACUCUAACGAACACUGUCAUCUUACUUAGCGAUCGAGGCGAGUCGAUGAGGAGUCUGCUGGUGCUUGCUCUGGUGGUCGUGGCCGCGGCGUGCCUCGCGGCUCCGCGGGGCGCGCACGGGGCCGGCGAGUGCGGGAGGACGCCGGCGGACGAGAUGGCGCUGAAGCUGGCGCCGUGCGCGUCGGCGGGGCAGGACCCCAACUCGGCGCCGUCAAACGGGUGCUGCACAGCGGUGCGCACCAUCGGCAAGCAGAGCCCCAAGUGCCUCUGCGCCGUCAUGCUCUCCGACACCGCCAAGAGCGCCGGCAUCAAGCCGGAGGCCGCCAUAUCCAUCCCCAAGCGCUGCAACCUCGUCGACCGCCCUGUCGGCUACAAGUGCGGAGCUUACACUCUGCCGUAAGCCCUGAGGCCACUUGACGCGCGGGUCAUGAAUGGAUGCCGCUGAGUGUUGUUUAUCAAUCACAAAUAAUGCUGUGGAACCUUCUGCUGUUUCAGAGGUGUACUGCCUCUGUGUUAUGUUCUUGAGUAUCGGUCCCUGUGUUUCUCGAGGAUGUUGCAGCUAUCCCAGUUAUGCCCCAGAAUAAUAAAAGAGUUAUGUUCGUCAACAAAUUGAAUGAAUAUAAUCAA